GGGUUAUAAAGCUGGCAUGUAUCUCUAACGCCCGUUUUCAUUUUUUGCCCCUCACGAAAAGGUCGAGCAUCAUGAAGCUCGCCGCAGCUUCUCUAACUCUUCUGGUUGUUGCUGCCCUCCCCGAGCUCUGUGUGGCCGCACCUGCCAAACGUGAUGAUAGCAGUACCCCAACAGACAUUCAAAUUCUGAAUUUCGCACUCACGCUUGAACACCUUGAAAAUGCCUUUUACAUACAGGGCUUGCAGAAGUACACCCAGCAGGACUUCCUCGAUGCAGACCUGCCUACCUGGGCGCGUGGACGAUGGGACGAAAUCUCACAACACGAGUCGACCCACGUGUCGUUCCUAGAGAGCGUAAUUGGUGAUCAGGCGGUACAGCCAUGCACCUACAGUUUCCCUGACACGGACCCAAUGACUUUCGUAACAACUAGUUUCAUGUUGGAGACGGUCGGCGUUUCAGCAUAUUCUGGUGCGGCGCAGUUCUUGUCGGAAUCGGAUUAUAUUACGGGCUCGGCUGCUAUUCUAGCUGUUGAAGCAAGACAAUCAGCGUGGAUUAAUUCGGCGGUUUUGAAAGCUAACCCAUGGAACACCGCGUUUGACACCCCACUUGACCUCAAUCACGUGUGGACACUCGCAUCGGGCGUCAUCGUGUCAUGUCCUUCCUCUAACAUGCCACUACCUGUGAAAGCGUUCCCCGCACUAUCCUUCCCUGCCGGUGCUCAGCCAGGCCAGACCGUCCAAGUUUCCUUUAACGCAACAACGACCUCUGAGCAACUCUAUGUUGCGUUCAUUGCUGGGCUCGGGGCCACUUUUGUGCCACUGAGCUCUCAAAAUACAGUUGAUAUCCCAUCAACUUUACUGGGUGUCGUGUUCCCUGUGAUCACUUCCAGUAAUGACACGGUGACUGACAACGUGACGAUCGCUGGACCCGCCUUUUUGAGUUUUGACUUCAAUUCUGACGGCAAGGACGAACUGUCACGGUGAAGUGCUUCUGUUGUGAUUGUAGUGUAGUACGUUACUGUAUAUUUUUUUCGUUCUUUCUUUUUGGUUCGUGUUUAGUGUAUCCAUGGAUUCUACUUGCAAGAACAUUCCCUAUAGUACUUAUACGUACGGAUGGACACAUGUUGUUUCCUUAUCUUGAUGAUUUCGUUAGAGCGUUCUGACAGUGACCCGUGCGGCCAACUCCGGAAAAAACAUGCUCGGAGGACGAAUUGCGAGUACCAAUCCAAUUUGAGUCUAAACAUCCACUUUGGCG